CCUGAGGGUAGCGCCACUCGAGUUUCGGUAGCAGUCUCCGAUAAAUAUUGAUGUUCCCCCACUGACUCAUACCCCUUCGCUUUAGCCUUUUCUCUUGUGUUGUGCGCUUCUCUCUCCAUCUCUCUUCGCUUCUCUGUCGACAAACAAACAAAGAAAACAAAAAACUGUAUAUUUUCUUGAGAUUUUUGUAGGGAUCGUUUUGUUGCAGAGGGAGGAGAUACAGAGAUAAGAGAAAGAUCGGAGUCGUCUAUGGUGACGAUCGAAUUGGAAGAGAUGGAAAGACAACGAACGAGAAAACGCCCCCGCCUGGCGUGGGAUGUUACGCCUGCCGAAGCAGAGGUUGGUUUGGAUCUGUGUGAAGUUGAGUUAGGGUUAGGGUUUCGAAGGGCGCCCGGUGGCAUCCAUGAGAGACAAUAUAAAGCUAGGGCUGCUCGGCUGCCGACCUUCACUAAAGGGACUUUGGUUCGCCCUGCGUCGCCGCCGUGGAGGGAGGACGAUCGGGAAGGGCAUUAUGUGUUCAAUCUAGGGGAGAAUCUGACUCCAAGAUAUAAAAUCCUUAGCAAGAUGGGUGAAGGCACAUUUGGCCGUGUUUUGGAAUGUUGGGAUCGUCAAACACGAGAGUAUGUGGCAAUCAAAGUAGUCCGAAGCCUAAGAAAAUACCGUGAAGCAGCAAAAAUUGAAAUCGAUGUGCUUCAGCAUCUAGCUAAGAAUGAUAGAGGUGGCUCCUGCUGUGUGCAGAUUCGAGACUGGUUUGACUAUCGCAAUCACAUAUGUAUUGUGUUUGAGAGGCUUGGACCAAGUUUGUUUGAUUUUCUACGGAGAAAUAAAUACUGCCCAUUUCCUGUGGAUCUUGUCCGGGAGUUCGGACGUCAGCUUUUGGAGUCUGUAGCAUAUAUGCAUGAUUUACGUCUAAUUCACACUGACCUGAAGCCAGAAAAUGUACUUCUUGUGUCUUCUGAGUAUGUAAAGCUGCCAGGGUAUAAGAAGAAUUCUUCAGAUGAGGUGAAUUUCAGGUGCUUGCCAAAGUCAAGUGCCAUAAAGCUGAUUGAUUUUGGUAGUACUACCUUUGACAAUCAGGAUCAUAGCUCCAUUGUUUCUACAAGGCAUUACCGAGCACCAGAAGUCAUUUUAGGUUUAGGAUGGACUUAUCCUUGUGAUCUGUGGAGUAUUGGUUGCAUACUUGUUGAACUUUGUUCGGGUGAAGCAUUGUUUCAGACCCAUGAGAACUUGGAGCAUUUAGCGAUGAUGGAGAGAGUAUUGGGACCAUUGCCAGAGCAUAUGAUUCGGAAAGCCAACCGUGGUGCUGAGAAGUAUUUCAGACGAGCAAGGUUAAAUUGGCCUGAAGGAGCUGUUUCAAGAGAAAGUAUUAGGGCAGUGAAGAAACUUGACCGUCUGAAGAAUCUGGUCUCACAACAUGUUGAAUCUUCAAGUGCCUCCUUAACAGAUUUACUACAUGGCCUGCUAAAAUUUGAGCCAUCAGAACGACUAACAGCUCGAGAAGCCCUUAACCACCCUUUUUUUAGAAAUCCAACUUGAGUAAGGAAACGAAGAGAUAGAGCAGUAGGCAGCAUCAGAAGAAACCAAAUUUCCUUUGGACCCUCUCAGCUGUCUUUGGAAGAUAAGAAGCCGACCAGGGGGUGGGCCCCCGCAGCUUAACAUGUGCCCUUCCAAAUUAAUUUUGGCAUAACCGAGAAUGGGAUUCUUAUUUCUUGCACUAGAGAGCAUAUUCCCUCUUUGUACGCAAUAUGAUUAUGUAUGCCAUCAUAAAAUUAUGUUGUACUAAAAGGUGGUUUGUAAAUAGAUCAAGGUUCGUCUGAUAAAAAAUAGAUAGAGCAAGGUUCGUUUCACAUCACUUA